CAAAAACAAAACCAAAUGAAACUAAUGUUGCUGUGUGUUGCAGAUGCAAAUUUUUCGGAUUUUCCAUAUAUACAAUACCUAACACAUCCACCGGAGAUUAUCAAGAAGCCACAAAAUCAGGGUGUGCGCGUCGGUGGCGUGGCUAGUUUCUACUGUGCUGCUCGUGGCGAUCCACCACCAUCGAUAGUUUGGCGGAAGAAUGCUAAGAAAGUUUCAGGCACACAAUCCCGUUACACGGUGUUAGAACAACCUGGUGGCAUCUCGAUAUUACGCAUUGAACCAGUACGCGCCGGUCGUGAUGAUGCACCCUACGAAUGUGUAGCUGAGAAUGGUGUUGGUGACGCAGUAUCAGCUGAUGCGACUUUAACUGUUUACGAAGGUAAGUGCAUUUUUCACGCUGAAUUGUGUGGUUUGAAUUUGUUUGGGUAAGUUUGUGUUGAAAUGGAAAAAAUGAAUGAAGUGCAGAAUACUAAACGAAAUUUUGAGUCAACGAAAAUAUUUAAGUUUUCUUGAAAUUAGUACAACGAGCUG